GACAGUUGCAACUUGUGCCUCGCGGCUCGAACAACGCGUGCCCCGAACUUGUUACUACUUACUUUUAUUUUAUUUUAUUUUAUUUUUAUUUUUCUUUCUCACUUACUCUGCUGCAAUCUGCUGACGCGAUUUACGGGCACAAUUAAUUGACGAGUUGUUAAACAGAUCUAUUAAAUAGUGAGCGCGCGGCCUUUUAAAUAACUCGUGUGCACCGCGUAAAAAUUAUCAAUUAAAAUCAAUUAACGUGCAGCGCGGGUGAAAUUAAAAUAAAAUCAAAUUUAAAUACAAAUAAAAGCGAUGCCGGGAAGAAAAAAAAAUCACCACAAAAACAGCAACAGGGCCAGACACCAAAGGGGUCAGCAGUCCAGGGACAAACAGGAGCAGCAGCCAUCGAAGGAGCAGGAGGAGGAGGAGAAGGAGGAGGAGCUGGCCAGUGCCUCGCCGGAGGAGGAGCAGCCCUACCGGGUGGCCCAAUCGGAGAUAUAUGGCCGAUAUCUGGUGGCCAGCCGCCAGCUGGAGCCUGGUGAGACCCUCAUCCGCGAGGAGCCCCUGGCCAUUGGACCCUGUGUGAGCGGUGACCCCGUGUGCCUGGGCUGCUAUCAGCCGGUGACCCUGAAGCCGGACCAAUACCGUUGUCCCGGCUGCGCCUGGCCACUCUGCGGCAGCAGCUGCUCGGGCCUCAAGCACCGGCAUGGUCACACCGAAACCGAGUGCCAACUGUACGCCGAACGACGGGCGGUCGCCGGCGAACUGCUGACGGAUCGCGCCGGUCCGGCGGAAGUGCGUGACCUCUACGAACUGGUGAUGAUCGUGCGCAUCCUCCUCCUGCGCCAGCACGAUCCGGAGCAGUUCGCCCUGAUCGCCCGCAUGGAAUCGCACACGGAGGAGCGGCGCCAGAACGCCGUGCUGUGGCGCCACUACGAGGAGAAGGUGGUGCAGCGGCUGCGCGUCACCUGGCGGCUGGAGGAUCUGGAGGCGCAGCAGGUGCACGAGGUGUGCGGCAUCCUGGACGUGAACUGCUUCGAGAUCGGCCAGAACGGCGCCAAGGCGCGGACGCUAUAUCCGAGCGCCUUCCUGCUCGCGCACGACUGCACCCCCAACACGGCGCACACGGACGACCCCAGGUCCUUCGCGAUCCUGCUGCGCACCUCGCGGCGCGUGCGCGAGCGGGAAGCGCUGACGCUCAGCUAUGCGUACACGCUGCAGGGCACCCUCAAGCGGCGCGCCUUCAUGCACGAGGGCAAGCUCUUCUGGUGCCGCUGCCGGCGCUGCGCCGAUCCCCGCGAGCUGGGCACCGACUGUAGCGCGCUCGUGUGCGCCACCUGCCGGGCGGGAUCGGUGCGGGCGGUGGAUCCCCUGGAGCAGGCCGGCGACUGGGCCUGCGAUCGCUGCUCCCAUCGAAUUGGAGCAGAGGAUGUGGAGCGCCGGUUGGAUCGCAUCAACGAUGACCUGGAGGCCAUCGAUGUGCACGACAUUCCCGGCCUAGAGAACUUUCUCCUCAGAUACCGGGAUGUCCUGCGACCCAACCACUACCUCCUGCUCUCGGCCAAGUAUUCGCUGUGCCAGAUUUACGGCAGGAUCGAUGGGUACUUACUGCCGCAGAUGUCGCCCGAGGAUAUUGCCCGCAAGGAGAGCUACUGCCGCGAGUUCCUGGAAAUCGUCGAUGUACUCGAUCCGGGACUUACUCGCCUCAGAGGACUCAUAAUGUACGAACUGCAUGCCCCUGUGAUGGUCCUCGCCCAGAUGGCCAUCCAAAAUGGACAGAUCUCUCGACAGGAGUUCCAGCGGCGGCUCAAGGAGGUCGUAAAGCUGCUCCAAGUCAGCAGGGAUAUCCUGUGCAUGGAGCCCGAAGGAUCCACGGAACACGAGAUGGGACUGGCAGCCGCCGAUGCCCUCAGCAAAAUGGGUUGCUAGCCACCAAGGCCUUCAUUAAAUCAACCGAGCUUGCCUUUGGGGUAAACUGUAUCUCAAAAUAAAAAAUAACAAAGAGUCUA